AUUAACUAUCACCACUGCAACAUCGAUUAAUUUUUUAUGAGGAUAAAAUUCUAGCAGUGUAUAUCUUGUGUAUACGCACACAUACACACACGUUCUCAGCGCCACUGCCAGUAGUGCCAGUCUAAUAAUACCAAUAAGUGUGGCCAGCUUCGUUGUUUACUAGCACAUGAGAUUGGAGCGCGGCGGCAUUGGAGAUUACAACCUCAAACUAUCUACCCGGCAAAAUGACUUCGUGUACGGAUCCGUUAGGAUUAAACGAAAAAAAAUUGUUCCAAGAUUUUAAGAACAAUUUGCCAAAGCUGACCAAAGAGACAACGAAUAUCCUGAAAAUCCGUGACGAUAUUCUGUACCUGUGGCAUGCCGAAAAGUGCUGUAUUCUUACACUUGACAUAGCCGCUGUUCGUGCUAAAAAAGAAGAUGUACCCUAUCAGAGCCUGCAGCCGACCGAUCCGCCGAUCUUCGAGGUGAGCCAGCUGCUGAUCAACGAGACGGCCACGCAGCUGGUGCUGUGGGGCAGCCUGGGCGUGGUGGUGCUGCAGCUGCCCAAGCGCUGGGGCAAGAAGGCCCAGUUCCAGGGCGGCAAGCAGACCGUCUCCUGCCUGAGCCACAACCUGGACGACUGCUACUCGCAGCUGUCGCGGACGGAGGUGCGCCAGGUCCGCUGGCACCCGGGCUCCAGCACGGACUCGCACCUGCUGCUGCUGGCCUCCGACAACGUGUUCCAGCUGUACGAGUGCGAGAUCGGCCAGGCGGUCAGGCUGACCAGGACCUGGAAGGUGGGGCCCAGCCUGCACUCGCCCGCCAAGCUGCCCGGCCUGUCGAUCCUCGGCGACGCGGCCGUCGACUUCGACUUCGCCAGUCCCAGCGCCAAGCCGAGCCAGGAGCAGCGCGCCCUCGACCUCGACAAGCUCACCUGGCGGCAGAUCGAGUGGCCCAUCCUGGUGCUGCGCGGCAGCGGCGACGUGCUCAUCGUCCGUGGCAACGUGCUCAUCGACCACAACAAGCCGGUGGUCUUCGGCACGCUGUCCAUGUACCCGCCGGCCGUCGACAACUACGGCCUGGACUCGUGCUCGAUCAUGUGCCUGCAGACCACGCCUCCGCUCGUGGCCAUCGCCUCGUCCGCGGGCAAGAUCUACCACGCGCUGCUGCUCAGCGAGGGCUCGGAGGACGACGACGACGAGAGGAAGAGCUGGUCCCAGUACGGCUCGACCUACAGCCUGCACACGCCCGAGGAGGCCCUCUACGUGUACGAGUGCGUCGAGCUGGAGCUCGGCCUGUUCUACACCGACAGCGACAAGAAGUACAGCUGCCCCAUCCACCUGCACGCCGACCCGGAGAACCGCUCCAGAUACUUCUGCUCCCACAACGCCGGCAUCCACCUGGUGAACGUGCCGAUGGUCAGCCAGCUCGAGCAGUACGUCGCCGCGAGCGAAGCGACCGUCCAGCUUCAGCUGGCCAACCUCGUGAGACAGUCGAGCGCUCAGUACCUGCUGAGUACGCGCACCAAGUACACCGGUAGGGAGGAGGCCACGCCCGUCCUGGGAUUCGGCCUUCUGCAGGAGCCUUGCAUCCUCGUGGCGCUGCUCCACACCGGUCUGGCCAUCGACAUCUCCGUUAUCGACUCUUACUACAUCCCCAGCCUCCAGGCGGCCACCCUUGCCCCCAGUCCCAGCAAGAAAGUGUUCAAGGAGUCGUUCGACGGCCACAUCAAACAGCUGCUCAUGAGGGAUACCUCGCAGCCGAUCACCGCUAUCGGUCUACGAAAAAAUCUCACGUCUCGCGAGUGCCUCGAGCUACUCUAUCGAGCGACCACUGUCUUCCGGAAGCAACACUUCCUGCACCACGACCAAGUUCGAGAAGAGUUUCGUAAACAGGUGCGCACUCUGAAGGCAUCCAAGGCUCAUCAAUUAGCCGAACUCGAGCACCUCAGCGACAUGAAGAAACGCUUGCAGCAGAAGGUUGAAACACUGGCCGAAAGAUAUGAGGACAUCAAAGACAAACAGGAGGAGCUUGCGCGCAGGGCCGAGGAGGUUCUCAGAUUGGUCUACUUGAAAGAGCCAAAUAUGAAUCCGAUCGAGCGAGCAGAAGCAGAACAAAUUAAAUCUAUGUCGGAAAAGGUUAAAGAGCUGCACGUUCGUUUGGAACAGUUGAAAAAGAAGAAAGCUGCCAAUCAGACUCUGUUUACUCAGCUCGAUAAAACUGCCGAAUACAAUAAAAUUUGUCUCAAACCUGCCCAAAUUGAUGCCAUAACAACGAAUCUAGACCAAAUGGGUAAAGAUAUUGCCGAAUUGAUUAAUCGUGCAAAAUUACUACAAGAACAAGUAGGACUUUAAUAUUACAACUGCUCAUAGAAUUAAUAAUUAAUUUUACACAUUUCUUUAGUAUAACAGCGGCUCUUGUUCAUAAAUAUAAUAAUACAAAUAAAAUAAUAA